UUUAUUAUGACUCUUCAUAAUUUACCACUUUAUGAUUAUUUUGCCGUCAUCGGAUAUAAUCCAGAAUUUGGACUAAAGCAAGAGAGUAAAACUGGAUUUGGUGAGGGGAAUUUGCCUAAUGGUCCGAGGUCACCUUUGCAAGCAUCGUAUCAGGCUAAGCUUGCCCUGCCUUCUGGUGUUCGUCUUUUCACUGAACAAAAUGUACCUCAAGAGCCUUCCUUUCAUUCUUUUGUUAUUGUUAGAGAAGAUGGUUCAAGGCUUCACGGCUGUUCUUUGGUUUUUUAUGAGGAACUUCGUUCAGUCGAAUUGCGUCAAAAAAUAUUUGAUGCUCAAAUGGAUUUUUUGCGUGAUUUUGCUUCAAAUCAUACUUCUCCACUUCCUUCUACUUCAACUACAAACUAUCCAUAUUCAAAAGGUACAUUACUACACCAAAAACAACAUCUUUCAAAGAAAUUUACAACACAUUCCCUUCCUCGAAAGUUUUCUUCAUCUGGUCGUAGAAAUAGUAGUAAUGUAAAUACAGAACAAAACAAUGGAGAAGAUCAUUCUUCGUAUUAUACAAACCCAAAAAGUUUAUUGUUUGCUUCAAAAAGUAUGGUGGUGCUCGCAUCGUUGCCGGUUAUUUAUUCUUCAGAAAAUUUGUUAUCAAACCUUUGGCUGAUUUUUAAUGAUAAAUUCCCUGAUGAGGCAAAACUCUCGUUGGACGAUGCUCUUUUUUGGGCACUUCAUCAAAUUCCUUUACCACCUCCCGGUGAAGCCAUACGAGUUACCCAUUCACAAUUUCAAUUGCUUGUGAGGAUACCAACCUUAGAGGAAUUUCCAUAUUUUGACUACUCAAUGCAGAAUAUCUUCAAUUUUAUAUCUGUUGAAAAAUUCCUCAGACUGCUUACUUGUUUUAUGCUAGAAAAACAAAUAUUACUUGUUUCCAAGCAUGCUAUUACUCUUAUGUUAUUUGGUGAAUGUCUCUCGACACUUGUUUUUCCUUUUUCUUGGCAAAUGGCUUACUGUCCGAUUUUACCACAUUCUCAGCUUAAAUUUUUGGAAGCACCCGUGCCUUGGUUAUUUAAUUUUCUUAUUAAACUAAUUUUUUUUAGGUUAAUGGGAAUCUGUUCCGAGGGCGAAAAUUUACCUGAGGAUUUUUCACAGCACAACAUUUGUUUUUUGGAUAUUGAUUCUGGUCGUUUGGAUUUACCUGAAGAUUUACCCGCUUUUCCAAAAAGUCAGGAACUCAUUGACAAAAUUAAAAAGCUGACUGAAUUUUUUAAAUCCGAAUCGUCAAUUUCGAAUAAUGAAAUAAAGAUCCAUGACUUCUAUUUAAAAGGGCUCCGUUUCAAUAAAGCUCUCCGUUCUAUUUUUCUUUCACAUUUUGCCUCUUUAUUCACCUCAUAUGAAAAUUAUCUGCUCAACGCUGAUAUUAAAACUGCUCGCAUUGUUCGUGAAUCAUCGGCAAAUUUUGACAACAUUUCUUUUCUUGUUGAUCAGCCAGAGAGUGUAAUUCUUUUUCUUGCUGCCUUUCUUGAAACACAAAUGUUUACCUCAUUCAUCGACUCUAAAAUCCUUUCUUUACAAAAUUCUGGUCAUGUUGGGAACAGUGUUUUACUUUUUGAUAAAAGAAUAGCUGAAAUGAAGGACGGCGCUAUGGAAAUUCAAACUUAUAUUGCAGAGGCAAAUGGAGAAAUAGAUACCUUACUCAAUCACAGCAAGAUUCAUCAAAUCCCCGCUCCAAUAUCAUCAAAACUACCUUUACAAAAAUACAACGGACAUCUUUUAAUUAGGAAUCCAUCACUUUUGGAAAAAAAUGCAUCAAUAACAAAUUCAUGUAACAUUGAUAUUUCAACUAAAUGCUCAAUUAAAAAUACUUUGAUUGAGAGUAAAUCAGCACAACAAAAACCUAAAAACAAGAUAACUUGUAAAAAAAAUGACAAUAACCAAGAGACAGCUAGUGCUUUAGUCAUAAAAGAAAAUGAUGUAACAGCACCAAUGAAUUUAGCACAUCAAAAUUGGAAGUUUGUUGAGCAAUUGUUAAAACAAACUAAAGCAAGAACGACACGAAUUCUUUUAGCAAAAAUGGGCAGGGAAGCAAUUCAUCUUGGACAUGGUCAAUCUCACUUGGGAAUAUCUGGAGUUGAAGAGGGAAGAUCUGCUCUUUGGUCAUAUAUAAAUUAUUAUCAUGAAUGGGAAACACGAACUAAUAUGCUUAAAGCAUCAAGCAGGCGUGCAAGUUCUAUUGGGUUUGAAAAUAAUAACAGCAAUAUUUCUGCUUCAACGCAUGCAGACGAUGGGCAACGGUUAUUAUCACCGACAUCAAAUGUAGCACAUGAUAUUAGCACUGGAGAAUCCUCAAGAGCUCUUCUUGAACUCAUCUCUUCCUUUCGUAAAAUUGCUGGGACAUCUCCCUCGUUUGAUUCUCAUGAUAACUCUCCACACUCUUCUUCUACUGAUUCACUUUCAAAUUUUACUAAUAACUGGUCACAUUCUUUGCUUAAAGCAGCUAAUGUUAUUUGUGAAAGAAUUACAUCACAACAACAAGCAGAUGAAAAAUGUAAAAAGUCUAAUAGUAGUGGUAACAAGGGUCGACUGCCGCCUCUGCCACCACUUUCAACGGAUCAAAAAUCUUCAUUUCCGAAUUGGAAGCUUCGCACGCCAAAAUUAUUGAGACGAAGAAAAAGUUCUGGUUUUACUGAAGAAGAGGAGCAAAAAGAAGACGAACUUAAUAAAAAAUCGGAGAACGUAAAUUCUGAGGUUUUGCCGAAAGAAACUUAUAGAAAGUUUAUUUUUCAAAGUCCACUUAAAGCAGUUAAUAAUCAACAACAUAUUAAAGGAGAGGAAAGAAGAAGCAGAUCUAUUGCUAAAAUACCUACACCACCAAGAAGUGCAAGUUGUUAUCAAAGUGGAGGAAAAGGGAAUUUGGCUUCUCGAUUUUCCGAGGAUUCUCUUUCAAGAAUUUCUUCCAACAACGAUUCAACACCUCGUAAAAGAAGAGAUUUGAGUGCAUCUGGAGUAUUUACAAAUUGUCAACAACAAAAAUUGCCUCAUUCCAGAAAUCGUUCUCUUUCUCGUUCAAACAGUCCUUCUCGCCUUUAUGAAAGAUUAACACGUGGAAUGCUUGGAUAUGGAGGUGGAGAUUUGUUACGAUCAUUGAGUCCUCUUCCAAAUACAAUGGCAUAUGAUUUAAAAAACAUCGUUAGAAUGACAGAGAUCAAGACAGAUAUUGGAUUUGCUCUAGCUUUUGUCAGAAUUGCUCUCGAGCGAAAACUUCUCUACCAAUAUCUGAAAAAGUUACUUUCAAAUACUGAACUUCUCCAAAAAUUAUACAAACGUUCUUCUUUUCUUCGUUGUGACGAUGAACGCGAACAAUUUCUCCUUCAUUUAUUAUCAUUAAAUGCUGUUGACUUUUCUUGCUUUACCAACGCUUUUCCAACAAUAAAAAUGCGUUAUCAAGUUCUAAUGGCGGGCGGCUUAAAUCGUUUCCCAGAUUCUUUUGUUUAUAUUAUGUUAACUGGUUCACUGGGUUCUACUUCACAAAUUUCUCUUCCUGCAAAUAAUACACAAUUUACUUUUGAUUAUAAGAAUUUGGGGAUACUUUCAACUCUUCGUGUUGGCCAUAAAAUUAAUUCGGUACGAGCGACUCAUCGACCAAUUAAAUGGUUUCUGGAUUACGUAAUUGUGCGCAAUUGUGUUACAGCACAAACAUUCCUGUUUCGGUGUCGUCGUUAUUUUGGUCGUGGUGUUGAUGAUGGUGCAUUGGAGCGACUAUUAAUUGCAGAAGCAAUAGUACUUCAGCCAGCUGAUGAAGAUCAAGAAGAAAGAACUGACUCAAAUAGUUUGAAUCAUUCAGACAGUGCAUUUUCUAAUGCUUUUUUGUCUCCGAGAAAGACCAACAAAUAUUACGAAAAUUCGGAUAAUUACUCGAAAAAUAAGCCGAGAGCAAGAAGUCGUUUAAGAUCACCAAGUUCUGAAAGAAGGCUUUUUGGCAUUACUGAUAAUUCCUCUGAUUGUGGUGGUGGAAGGGUUGUGGAUGAAACUUUAGCAUUAGAUACACUCCAAUCAUUAGAACAUAAAGCUGUAAUGGCAGUCAAUGCAUUAAUGAAACACUUUCUAGAAAAAAAUGAUUGUGGACAACAACAACAAUAUAUUGGAAAUAAUUCAAAACUUAGCCUACUUUUAUGUUCAAAUGAUGGAUUGUUGCCUUGUUUUAAUGAAAUUUUUUCACAUGGAUUGAUACAAAAAAUAUUUCAUCCAACAAUUUAUCCGUGGGAUUAUAUAGAGGAAGUUUUUGUUUGGUUUGUUCAAUUUUUUCGAAGUGGAAAAGCAAAUGAAUUAGCUAGCGAAAUGCGUUCUUUGGUAAUAUAUGCUUAUAAAAUGGUUAAAAAAAUUGGAGCAAAUUCUGUUGUUGGAAAGGAAGGAAAAUUUAAUUCUUUUAUGCUUUUAUGUUUAAGAGAUCAUCUUUUAUGUGGACUUAUUCCGUUAAUUGUACAGACACCAAUUACAACUCAGUUUUACGAACAAAGUGCCUUUAUUCGUCAUUCUUCUAAAGUUUCUUAUCUGGUAGAACUUAUAAGAUCCUUGAAAGAUUUUCAAUUUGAUUAUGAACAGUCAUUAACUCUUGGCUUAGUUUUUUGA